UUGCCUGGGAUUAUUAGAUUUGUUUGUAUUAGACUCGCCUUCAUGCCGUCUGUCAUCGGAGUAGUGGCCGUCAUUCUCUUCAUUCUCUACGUCGUAUUGCCCUUAAUAUUUCGGUAUUCUCCGGCUUUCCAGAGACAACUUGUGUUCUUGCCCUACACCAUUGGUUUACGAUGGCCGAUCGCAGUGAAUUACAGCCAACCUGAGCUUCUCGGAUUGAGUGGGACGAGGAAUUUUUACAUGCCCACAGAGCCGAAAAUAUCCGUGGGUGUUUGGCACAUUCUACCGGAAAACUUGACUGACAAAUCUUUCAAAACCACCGAAGAGAGUUUAGCUUGCGGAAAUCCGGUCGUACUUUACUUGCACGGUAAUUCCGGCUCAAGAGCCACUGGCCAUCGUGUGGAACUCUACAAACUUCUCAAAUCUCUUAAUUAUCACGUGAUGUCUUUCGAUUACCGAGGAUUCGCAGAUUCGUCCAAUGUCGUAAUGUCAGAAAACGGAGCCGUCACGGACGCCACUCGAGUUUACCAAUACAUUCGAAAAUUCUCCGGGAAAUCAAAAGUGAUUGUGUGGGGCCAUUCGCUCGGUACCGCAGUGGGCACCAAGAUGGUAGCCCAAUUGUGCGCAGUCAACCAGCCACCUGACGGUUUGAUUUUAGAAUCGCCGUUCAACAAUAUCAGCGACGUGUUUCGAAAUCACCCGCUAACUCUCCUCUAUCGGCCAUUGUCCGUCGUCGACCGGUUUUUCACCGAGAGGCUGCAAAGUAACAACGUGGCGUUUGACAGCGACGUUCACAUCGCCGGCGUCGAGUGCCCCACCCUUAUCCUCCAUGCAAAGGAUGAUCCUAUUGUGCCCGUUUUCCUAACCAAAAAGCUCUACGAGGCGGGGCUGAAAUCCCGGCCUGCUGAAUGGUCUCCAUUACAGAUGGUCGAAUUCCACGAGGACCUGAACUGCGCCCAUGAAUACAUUUGCCGAGUUCCUCAAUUGCCUUCCAUUAUAGAGGAGUUUCUCGCCGGAUGAAUAUAAAGGAUUUGUUCGUAUAGGCCUAUAUAAUAAUCAGAGUAUUAUGUGUGUGUGUGCACAAAACACAACAUUUUUUCUUCUUUUCGUCAUCUUCUCUCGUGACAUUUUUUUUUUUCUUCUUCGUUUCCCAAAAUAUUUCUUCUGCAUGGCUGAACCCGCGUCACCAAAACCUGUAAUUCGACCUGUCCUUCCAGGAUUUUCUACCCUUCCCCCCCUUUCCCUUCCCUAUAGAUAUAGUCACUCAACUGGCAAUGGGCAUACGAUAGGGGUAAAGAAAAGAGUUGAACCCUUUUUUUUUUUUCUUUGAACAAACUAAAAUAAAAAAAUAGAAAAUUCUAAAAUGAAAUGCGGCUGUGUGUCACCCCCCUUUUUUUGUUUGUCCACUGGCUUUUGUCAUCGAAUAUAGUCUGGAACUAAAUUUAAAAUAAA